AUGGACGCCUCCGGGUUAGCAAUUGCACCGCUUGCCGAGGGGGCUCUCCAGAAGCAUCGGGCACUUGCCUGCGCACGUGCCAAGAAGAUCGUGGAAAAGGUCCAUGGGGACGACAAGGCGGCCGCCGCAAACUCGGUGAUGACGCAGCUGACAGCUUUUCGCUUGCUACAUAGAUAUUAUGAUCCCAAGAGGGACUUGGAUGUGCACCCAAGAGACGAGUGGCCUGUCGUUGCGUUGGGGGCGGCAUUUCUGAGUUGCAAGAUCACGGAAAUACCGAGAAAAGCGCUAUACGUGGUGAAGCUGAAUGAUAUCGUGGCAGGAGAAGGAGCCACACGAAAUGCCAAAGAGCAGGAUUGCUGGAUCCGGCGAUUCUUAAAGAUUGAGGACCAGCUCCUGCAACUUUUGGGGUUCAACUUUGCCUUCGAGAAGUGGUCCCCGCUGGCAGAGAUCGAGAGGCGAGCCGGUCGCUUUGUUGACCUUCUAUUUCAGCGACCAGCUUGGACCAGCGCAACGUGCAAAUCAGUGCAGCAACAGUCGCCAGACCUUGGAAGGACCACGGUGUCCUCCCGCGCCUUGAGACACUACCUGGAAGUGGCUGAAAUGUGGGACGUGGGCGACCUUGACCCGCACAUGCUGGAUACGGCUGUCAUCAUGGCGCUGAAGAUGUACAUGAAAGGUGUGGAGUACCCGAACACGGAGAAGCCCGUCAAUGUCUUCGAAGUGGCGGUCGAGUCUUUUCUUCCGGGAGCGGUCUUCGACACGCCCAGCACGCCCAGCCCAGUGGCCACGGAAGAGCGGGACAGGUGUGUUGGCGAAGGGGGCCCUGUGAGCCAUACCCCUGUUAGCCCCAAAGACGUGAACCCAUCCGGCAGAGCCAAGCUGAAGUUGUCCAGAGAGGCGGAGAAAUCUGAGAAGUCCAAGCGGGACAGGCCCGACGAAUCGCAGGAGGACUACGAGGCCAAGCGCAGGAAGACAGCCGCGGCGGACAAGCUGCUGAAAGACAAGUUUGCGCUGGUCAUGGCUCUGUACCGGAACCGCGGAAAGUGA